UGGAGCUUUAAUUAACAAGUGUAUAGAAUGUGGUGGAUACCGUAUAAUGAGCUUUUAUCGUGAUAACUUCAACUUUAUAAUUGCAAAUGCUUCGGUUAGCAUAUCUUACCAUUCUAACUUAUGUCCGUGUUUAGCCUCAAGCUUAAUAGGUACUUCGUCAAAUAGUUGCUCUUGGUCAACAACGAGCACUUGAGAUGGCUCGCCUCCGUGUAGCGGCUGUUGCCCUGCUCACCGUCGUAGCGUUUUCCUUGCAUAGUGCUUCCUCGCAACAAGUAGAUAGCAGACAACUUGCGCAGUCCCACAGCGGAGCGGCCGACGCGGGCGGUGCCUUACCAGUUCCUUUCACAUACUGCAAGCCCUUACUGGAGCAUCUCACACCUCAUGACCAGCACCAGCUCCGGGAGUCAUAUCAGCAGUAUCACGCAGCAUACGCAAGGUUCAUGCGUGCGGCUCGAAACCAUGAGUCUUUCCAAAAAGGACCAGCGACUUGGCUCCAGGACGAGCCAAUGCGCCAGGGCUGGAACCUAACGUACCUGGUUGGUCAAAACCUGGAGGACCUGACACGAGUCUUGGACGACGCGAACUCCACCAUGAGGAGCAUGGAGGCUCGCAUCAAGACCCAACUGACCCAGUUGCAGGGUCAGGGCCGGCUGCCGGCGGAGACAACCGUAGACGGCCUGUCGCCUUGCAUCAUGCGCAGGAUCUACCCCUCCCAGUUCCCCGACCAGCCCGCCGUGUCGCUGCUGCUGCGGCUGCGCGGGGAGGCGCCCAACGCCGCGGACUGGCCGACUCCCAACCUCAACGGAACCAAGGAGCCGCCCUCGGGCAAGGGACCUGAGGUCGUAGCGGCCUUCCUUGCUCGCCUCAUGGCGUGUCGUACCGUUGCCCCCAUGGAGCUGAUUGUGAUGCUGAGUGGGCGAGCUGCCGUACAGCAGGCCUCCACGUGGGCCUGGCAGUCGUGGACGACAGAGGGCUUCGUGGUUCCCAUGCUUGACUCGCUGGACCGCGAGGCGCACUCCUUCAACCGCAUGGCCGCAGUGGCCCGUGGGUCGGUGCUGGUGGCGUUACGAGCCGACUCGCCCUCCGUGGAAGACUUGCUGCCCCCCGCCUCCUCUGCCGCAGAGGAGAAAAGAAGAAUCCCUGGAGGGGAGGGGGGUGCAGCGGGGGUGCCGGCGGAGUGUGCUGCACUGCAGCGCCUCGUGACGCUGUACCACCGGAUUCCGCAGCUCGGCGCCAUGUCUCACGGCCGCUUCUCCUUCUCCCACCCCGCCACCGCCACCGCCUCCCUCCGUCUCCUGGGCUCGUCCGAGACCCUGCAAGCCGCCGCCGCCGCUGCAGCAGCCGCCGGCAGCGGCAGCAGCAGCGCCAGCACGUACGGGCUAGUGGGCGGGGGCCCUCAGCGGAACAACAUGUACUUCCAGGAGAAGGUGACUGCCGUACCGUUUCAGUACGUGCUGUACGGAGAUCUGAUGCCCAUGUCCUUCCGUCGCAGCGCGCUGGAGGAGGUGGGCGGCAUGGACGAGGACCUGCCCCAGGGAGACGAGCCCUGCAGCUCGCGGGUCCGCCGCGACGUGUGUCUGCGGCUGUGGAAGUCCGGGUGGCGGGUGGGCGCGCACGACACGGGGCUGGUGCAGCUGCCCAGGCAGCCGCCCACACCCGCGGCCAACUCCGACCCAACCAGGUGUUCCCCCGACGUCGCCGCCCUGUCCGAGCAGCUGCUGGAGUCGCGGCAUGGCCCGCUGCCGCAGUCGCUGGGGCUGCCUGCGCCCAUGGAGGUGCUCAUGGGGCGAGUGAAGGGGCUGAACGUGGGGGAGCUGGGGCCGCUGGGGGAG